AUGGCAGUUGAUCUUUAUAUAUUUGCAGCUGGUACGGCUCUCACGGGUCUGAAAUCUUCAUCAAAGUCUCAAUCAUUAACAAAAAUAAUUUCUCAAGAAAAAAAUGGAAUUACAAUUGUUUUUGGUUCUGUUAAAGGAAAUAGUCAAACAUUUGCUCAAUUAACAUAUGAUAAAUUAUCAAAUGAAUUAAAUCGUCAAGUUAUUCUUCAAGAUUUAAAUGAUAUAACAGAUCCAGAAGAAUUUCUUCAAAUACAAACUAAAAAUCAAAGAAUAUUAUUAAUAUUUAUUUCAACAUAUGAAGAUGGUACACCACCACCAUCAGCAAAAUGGUUUGUUCUUCAUUUACAAGAAGCAGCAACUGAUUUUCGUGUUUCAAAAAAUGAACUUGAAAAAUUAACCUAUGCUAUAUUUGGAUGUGGAAAUUCACUUUAUAAUGAUAAUUUUAAUAAAGUAGCACAAGAACUUGAUCAAUGUUUAUUAGAAUUAGCAGCUAAUCAACUUAUACCAACUGAAUUAGCUGAUGAAAAUACAGCAAAAAGUCUCGAAGGACAUUAUUCAAAAUGGUCAUCUCAAUUGAUAUCAGCUUUUCAAUCACCAAAAACCGAAAAAUGUGAUUGUUCAAAUGAAAAUUCAAUAAAUUGUUGUCAAUCAUCAAAAAAUAAUGAACAUUCAAUUGAGAAAAAAGACAAUGGUGAACAAUUAAGAAUCGAAAGUGAUGAUGAUGAUGAAGAUGGAGGAUGUAAAAAUGGUAAUGAUGAUGUUAUGGAUUUAGAAGAUAUGGGAGAUUAUAUGGAAACACAUUCACCAAAUAAAACAACCAAAGGUCCACCAAAAGAGAUGAUUACUCCAUUAAUACGUAAAUCAUUAGAAAAACAAGGUUAUAAAUUAAUUGGUACUCAUUCCGGUGUUAAAUUAUGUCGAUGGACGAAAUCAAUGUUAAGAGGACGUGGAGGAUGUUAUAAACAUACAUUCUAUGGAAUUGAAAGUCAUCGUUGUAUGGAAACAACACCCAGUCUUGCAUGUGCAAAUAAAUGUGUUUUUUGUUGGAGACAUCAUACAAAUCCAGUUGGUACAUCAUGGCAAUGGAAAACUGAUGAUGCUCAAACAGUGUGUCAAGGUGCUAUAGAAAAUCAUUAUAAAAUGAUAAAUACAUUUAAAGGUGUACCUGGUGUAUUACCUAGUCGACUUGCUGAAGGUAUGAAAAUUCGUCAUUGUGCAUUAUCACUUGUUGGUGAACCAAUUAUGUAUCCACAUAUAAAUGAAUUAAUUGAUUUACUUCAUUCUAAACAAAUAAGUUCAUUUCUUGUUACAAAUGCACAAUUUCCUCAUGAAAUAAGAUCAUUAGAACCUGUUACACAAUUAUAUGUUAGUGUUGAUGCAGCAACAAAAGAAUCAUUAAAAAAAAUUGAUCGUCCUUUAUUUCGAGAUUUUUGGGAACGAUUUUUAGAUAGUUUACGAGCAUUAAAAGAUAAAGGUCAACGGACAGUAUAUCGAUUAACAUUAGUUAAAGGUUAUAAUACUGAAGAAAUAGAACAAUAUGCUAAAUUAGUUGAACUUGGUGAUCCAGAUUUCAUUGAAGUUAAAGGUGUUACCUAUUGUGGAGAUUCAAGUGCAAGUCAUUUAACAAUGGCUAAUGUUCCAUGGCAUGAAGAAGUUGUAACAUUUGUUCAACUUCUUUGUGAUCGUUUACCACAAUAUGAUUUAGCAUGUGAACAUGAACAUUCAAAUUGCAUUUUACUUGCUCAUAAUAAAUUUCGUGUUGAUGGUAAAUGGCAUACAUGGAUUGAUUAUGAACGAUUUCAUGAACUUGUUACUAGACAUAAAGCUACAUCAGGUGUUGAAACAUUUACUUCAUUAGAUUAUAUGGCAGUAACACCUGAUUGGGCAGUUCUUGGUUCAAAUGAACGUGGUUUUGAUCCGAGUGAUACACGAUGGUAUCGAAAAGCAACAGCAAAGAAAAAUUUGUCUGGUUGUUAA